GUGAGUUUCUUUGCCGAAGCAGUGGCGUGUGUGUUGUGGGGCCUGGCCAGCUAGCUAUACCUGGCGCUAACGCAAUUAUACUCAACCAAAUAAGACAGUGGGUGUCAGUCUUCCAUAUUACAUGUAGAUAACUGACACUUUGGCAACCUGCGGUCUGAUAAUGGGAGCGAACAACAGUACCCGGCGCGUGUCGUUUGAGUCGGACGAGAACGAGAAUAUAUCGGUGGUGAAGGGCAUACGGCUUUCUGAGAAUGUCAUCAACCGCAUGAGGGAACCUGACGCUCCUCCCAAACUCCAACAUGCUCCCCCUCCGCCACCUUCCAUGGCACCUACCCUCACUCCUUCUCCUCUCCUGCGGCCAGUUCCUCCCCUCUUUGAUCCGAUCACCUCCUUGCCUCCUCCCCCUCCUCUUGUAGAACCUGUUGCACUUCCAGCUCCUCCUCCACCAGCUCCAUCUGCCACAGAGACUGUGGCUGCACCUCCACCACCUCCUCCGCAGCCUUCUAAGGAACAGGUAGCAGCCCCCACCAUCAGUGACAUGCCCCCAGUGAAUCCAGUAUUCCUUGCUCCUGCCCCUGAGCCAGUGGUAGUGCCUGAGUCAAUUUCGGUCCCACCACCACCACCACCACCUCCUGCUGCAGCAGCCGUUGAUGAAGAGGCCCUGAGGAAGAAGAUCACUGAUGAGCUGUUUAAAGGCCUGGAGCAGGAUAGGGCGAAGGCAGAGCAAGAGCUGCAAGCCUGGGUUGUGGCAGAGAAGGCGCGGGCAGCAGCCCAGGCUCAGGAUGAUGCCCAGUCCCAGGUACAGGACGAAGUGUCCAGGAUCCUGUCUGUGGAGCGCGCCGUGGCCCACGAGAGCAUCCAGCAAGCUGUAAUAAGAGAGAGGAUCUCCACCGAGGACGAGAAGCUCCGCGCUCAGCUCCACGAGAUUGGACGGAAGGCCAAGCAGCUGAGCGCCAGAGAAGCAGACCUAAACAAGCAGGAUGCUUUCUACAGAGAGCAGGUGGCUCGGCUGGAGCAGAGGAGUGCUCAGUUCUACAAGGUCACCACAGACAACUAUCAUAAAGCUGCCGACCAAGUGAAUGCCAAGUUCAAGCGGUAUGAGGCAUAUCCUGUGUGUGCAGACCUGCAGGGCCAGAUCCUCGCAUGCUACAAGGAGAACGUUGGAAAAACCCUGAACUGCUCCAACAUAGCGGCCCUCUACCUGCAGUGUGUCAACAACACCAAACAGAAUAACAAGUGUGUGCAUGCACCCUCAUGGACAGAUGAUAUAACAAGUUGAGGACCGGGGGUUAAGGAAGAGAGAGGAAGAAAGGGAGAGCAAUGAAGAGUUUAUUGUGUGGGAUUACUGAUUAUCGACCGACCGACAAACAGACCAAGCCAGAGUGGAGGAAGUGAGGAAUGAGUCAGCACCAAGACGCACCGUGCCCCUCUAAACCCUUGUGGAGAACCAAACCGGACCAGAGGCACCGAGCACAGCACCCUGAUAGAGAAAUAGACACUCCUUCCCCACCUCUCUUACCUUUUGUCUAUCUCUCCUAUGAGUACGUAGGGAGGCAGUGACACAGGCUGCCAUUUUGGAGAAAGAGCAGGGACUGACAGGACCCUGCAGGCCUGAGUUUGGCCCACUAGAAGGACCGUAAAUAUGAACCGGACAAAACCACAAGAACGUAAGCCACCUCUGUGACCUGCCACUUGGACCCAUCCCCUCUCACCUCAACACUGUUGGCUAAAUCAAAGUCUAUUUUUAGAAGAAUAGAAGUCAGUCAUAUUUUCUUGUCCAUAAUUCAUUGUUUUCCUGCUCCUGAUGCACUUUCCUGUACACAAAUACACAUGUACCCAUCAUCUGUUCCGUCUUUGCAUCUGUUCGUGUGAGUUAAUAAUGUAACGAUCUGCGUGUAGAGAAUUCAUCCAGACCAACACUUGUGACAAUGUCUGAUCAGAGGAAAUAAAAGACGAAACGAUGCAGGAA